ACGUCUGCGGUCUGGGGGCUUCUCGUUAGAGUAUAAAUAAUGCCCGGCGCCCGUGUAGACCGCGACACUUCGAUUCUGCCUGGCACGCUCCGUAUCGCAGAUUCACGGAGUCAUAUACAUAGUGCGAAGUGAUCCAUCGAGUGGACGAUCUACGAAACCGACCCGCAGAAAUGGCCCUGGAGACACCGUCAUGGCUGAACAUCGACUUCGCCGAGAGGAUAAUGCGUUUGGCGGAGCAGGACAACACGGUGCAGGUGACCGAUGUAUUUCAGAAGGCGGCGACCAACAAGGGCGACAACUACACCAGCGAUAUGAUGAGGGUGACCAUCGAGUUCAGUCGCAAGCAGGGCGAUGAGAGGGUCAACGAGAAGAGGUCCCUCAUCUUCAAGUUUGAGCCGAUGGUCGAGGGAGCGCGCAGAGACAUGAUCGAGAAAACGCAACUGUUCGACGUGGAGAUCAUCAUGAUGACGGACACCGUGAAGAAGAUGUCGGACAUGUUGGGCUAUGAUCAUCGUCUGUCCGCUGAAAUCUAUCACGUGAGAAUGGAACGACCGGUGUGCUUGGUAAUGGAGGACUUAGGAGCUAUCGGCUUCCGGAUGGCCGACCGUCAGGCCGGUCUUGACCUGGAACACUCCACGCUGGCAAUCCGAGGAUUGGGCAGGUUUCACGCUGCCUCGGUCGCUUUGUGCGAAAAGGAACCUAAGCAAAAGACGAAAUACUAUAGAGGUAUGUUCAGCAAGGAGUAUCCAGAAGAAAUGUCAUCGUUCUUCACGGCCGGCUGCAAGGCGCUGGCGGAGGAAAUAGAAACGUGGCCCGAGCUUGAAAAGAGAUACGCAGACAAAUUGAGACGCUUGUCCGAUCGAAUCUACGAUCUGGGCGCCGCGUCUACGAAACGACGAGGCGACGAGUUCGCUGUGAUCAACCACGGCGAUUUCUGGGUGAACAACAUGCUGUUCAAAUACGACCAGAACUCGAAGCCUAUACAGCACAUUUUCGUGGAUUUCCAAGUGUCCAUUUACACGACGCCGGCAGUCGAUCUGCAAUACUUCCUCAACACCAGCCUGUCGGAUGAUGUCUAUCUGAACCAUAUGGACGCGCUGUUAGCCGACUACCUGCACACGCUGACGAGCACCAUGAAGCAGCUGAAAUGUAAAACCCCGCCGCCCACCAUCGACGACAUCAAGAAAUGCAUGAAGGAGCGUGCGAUCUACGGGCUGAUCUCGUCGGUGACCGUUCUGCCUGUUUUGCUGCUGGACAAGUCCCAGGCCAAGGAUAUCGACGAGAUGGUGCUCAAGGACGGCCAGUACGACAACCCCGGGUACAGAAAUCCGAUCUACAGGCAGGUGAUGACCAAGAGGAUCCCCAUGUUCGACGAGAUGGGCCUGCUCGAUCUCUAGGCUUCCCGAUGGAUCGGUCGAUCGAUUCAGAACUCCGCGACGAGAACGCGAGUCUCGAGUCUACAGGCUGUGGAAUCGUAUCAAAUAGCUGCUGGGGGGUUGCACCGAUGCACCACCGGUUCGGUGCAUCUAAGGAGAUUGCACGCCAUAUAACGAUUACUUUUAUUCCUUCGUUCGACUAUAGGCUCGCGAUUUGCUCGACGCUUUGAGUGCCGUCUCUGCAGUAUUAAAUAUGUCGCCUCGAUUGCGUCCAGUUCUCGAGGACGUCAGUCGAGUCGGCAGUCAAAGUGUUGAUCGACGCGACGCUCGGUGCUAGGACAUUCGUUUCUCUGAUUCUGAAGCAUGAAUCGGAGCGUUGAUAAGAGGGCUGGAUGAUGAUGAUGAUGAUGAUGGAUGGUGGUGAUGAUACUGGUGUGCCGAGAUAUUCGUAAAUGUGAAAGUACAAAUCGACGUGUUUUUGUUUUUUUAGGUGGAAUUACACCGCGCCGAUAUAUUAUCGCGCGCGGUGCUGACAAUGUUUAGCGCGGUGUUUCCGUUCCGAUGGCAGAGACACCAACGUAACCAGAGGAAAAUUUUUAAUUCUCGCGGCGACCGUCUGUCAGACGUUAUUGACGCGCCGGGUAACGAGUUCCUGCUUUGACCCCGUUCGCCCGGCAUUACCAUAAAAAUUGACCGACGGCCCCGCGCGAACCACGUUCGGAGCACGCGGAAAUUGUUUCAUGUUUAAUACCGAGAAAAAAAGCCAAUAAAAACAAAGGGCCGAUAUUUCGCGCGACGUUCAAUCCCCGGACACUGCCCGAUCCGCGAAGGUAAGCAACGUUCACUCUUCAUUAUUUCCAUAUUCGUUCGUUUUCGUAGCGGCCGCGCGCCUUUUUCGGAAAUUGCGGCGCCAUAAAAUCAGAAUCCGCCGAGAAUCUUUUAACGUCGAACAAUGGUUUUAAUCCUUUAUGCAUGGAAACAAAGCUUCGCUUUCAUUCGUAUGCAUGCAUCGCACCGGAAUUAACCGUUCGGCACUGCGAAGAACAAUCCUUUGUCAUUAGUGAAUUCCUAGACGAGGAAGAAAAUUUAUGUGCGACUUAAUUAUGUUAAUCACAUUUGUAUUUAAUGAACAACAUUAUUUUCAUGUCGGCUCGACGGAGCCGCGCACCGUCUAUAUUUGAUGAAUUAUGUUCGUAAUUUUCAUAACGAGUCUGACGUGUUCCGGCGCAAGGGUUAAAGGAUAUAGUAGAUUUCCGUGUAACGCGAUAAUGCGUUUCGCGUUGUGCGAAUUCGUGUUAUCUGAAAUCGUGUGUCGCAUGAGAAUUUUCCUCUGUUAACACAAGUAAUAAUCCUAUUCUGUAUGAACGAAACAACUUGUUCCAUAUAAAUACAACGAAAGAAAUAAACUAACAAAUUCCUUAUGCA